AUGGUCACAUUGAAAAUAAAAUUAGACAACAUUUUAGUGUUAUCACUUAAUGUCAAAAAAAGUAAUGCUAAAUUAUUUGACUUUGUUAGUUCCAAAAACGUCAAUUUACUGAUGACUAACAUGACUUUCACAAAAAAAAUUGGCACUCCAAAAUAUAUGGCGCCCAAGGUAUUUGACAGAAUAAAAUACAAAAAAGCGUCUGAUGUCUAUUCAUUUGCUAGACUAUGUUUGAGUUUUGUAAUAUGA